CCUGCCCACGCCCUGAACCUGCUGCCUUACCCCAGGCUGAGCGAGGUGCCGAGAGCCGGACACGAGCUGGAUGCUGUCGGUGCGGAGAUCCCGUCCGACCCCUGCACAGGCUACAGAUUUUUCAAGCCGGGCGGUUUGUUCGGUAUCAAGCAGUCGGAGGAGCCGUACGCCGAAGGCCAGCAGAUGCAGGAGGAGAGCAAGAUCCUCGUGAGCCCCUGUGCGGCCAGCGCUGCCGUUGGCGAGCCCCCCUCCCCCUGCGCCCACUGCGGUAAGAGCUUCAGCCAGAAGGCCAACCUCCUGGCCCACCAGCGCAUCCACGCCGCCGGGGAGAAGGCGUUGGCGGGCGGCGAGCAGGAGGGUGGGGCUUUCAGGCAGCCGAAGCUGCGAUCCCAGCAGAGGAGUUACCAGGAGGACACCCCUUUCGUCUGCCCCGAGUGCGGGAAGAGCUUCAGGCAGAAGCCCAACCUCAUCACCCACCGCAGGAUCCACACCGGGGAGCGUCCCUUCACCUGCUUCCUCUGCGGCAGGAGCUUCAACCAGAAGACCAACCUGGUGACCCACUACCGCGUGCACACGGGGGAGCGUCCCUUCGCCUGCACCCAGUGCGGCAAGCGCUUCACCCAGAAAACCAACCUGGUGACGCACCAGAGCACCCACACGGACCUCCGGCCUUACCCCUGCGGGCAGUGCCAGAAGUGUUUCAAGGACAAAGUCUCCCUCAAAGCCCACCAGAAGACUCACGCCCCGCGCCAACGCCCCGCCGCCGGCCUGCCCUACGGCGCUGCGCCCACCCUGCUGCAGCCCGGGGGGUCCGAGCAAGAGGGUCCCUUCAGCCCCAUGCCGCCGCUGCCCGUUCAGAAGAUCCCCGAGGGCCAAGAGCUGUACUCGUGCACCGAGAAGAGCUUUCCCCAAAAGGAGCCGCUCCUGCCGCACCAGCCGGCCCCGCUGGGCGAGCAAACCUUCCCCUGCGUCCAGUGCGGGGAGGGCUUUUGCCAGAAGGUGACUCUCCUGCGGCCGCAGCACGGUCCCGCCACCGAGGCUCCUGGCGGCUGCGCGGCAGCUUUCAGCCACGGCCCGCACCUCCUGGGGCACCUGGGGGUACAGCCCGUCCUGGGGGAUGCGACCCCCGCGCCUCCCCCGGCCCCCGGAGCCGAGAAGCCCUUCAUCUGUAACCAGUGCGGCAAUAGCUUCGGCCUCUGGCUCUCCCUGGUGGCCCACCAGAAGACCCACGUCGGGCAGAAAGCCUGGGUGUGCCCCGAGUGCGGCAGAAGCUUUCCCCAGUACGAGCGGUUGGUAAAGCACCGCCAAAACCACCGGGGCAGAGGGCCCUACCGCUGCGACGUCUGCGGGAAGAGGUUCAGCCUGAAGACCAACCUGGUGACCCACCAACGCAUCCACACCGGCGAACGCCCCUUCCCCUGCGCCCGCUGCGGUCGCCGCUUCGCCCACAAGCAGCAUCUCCUGCGGCACCAGCAGCUCCAC